AUGAAGUUCUGUGUUCGAGUUGCCAUCGGCACUAUACUAGCCUGGUGCCAAACUGUCCAUGGCAAGGCCUUCCAAUAUGAGCAAAGAGACACGAAUAUCACUUUCACAAACCCAAUCCUCCCAGGAUUCCACCCUGAUCCGAGUUGCAUAUUCGUCGAAGAACUUGACAAGACAUUCUUUUGCGCAUCGUCAUCAUUCUUGACUUUUCCUGGGAUCCCCAUAUAUGCCAGCAGAGACCUACAGAACUGGAAACUGGCCAGCCGCGUGUUUAGUCGCCCUACGCAGAUUCCUGAUCUCAAAACGACCUUGACCUAUAGUUCUGAAGGGGGCAUAUGGGCGCCGACUUUGCGUCACCACAACGGGACAUUCUAUCUCAUCUGCACCUUUGUCCACAUCGGAGCAGCAGGCAGCCGAAAUUUCAAGAACUUUGUCUUCACUACUGCGUCUCUGUUUGAUGAAGAAUCUUGGAGUGAUCCCGUCGAGGUCGAAAUGCACGGCAAGAGCGCGAUAGAUCCGGAUCUAUUCUGGCAUGAAGACGGAACGGUCUAUAUGCACACGGGGUGGGGUCGCAUCUACCAGCAGACCGUUGAUUUGCAGACUGGCGAGUCUUCCGUUCCAGUCGUCGUCUGGAACGGCACCGGAGCAUCAAACCCAGAGAGCCCUCAUAUCUUUCAGCGCGAAGAUUAUUAUUAUCUGCUUAUUGCACAGGGAGGGACCGGCAAAGAGCAUGCGGUUGCCGUGGCUCGGUCGAGGAAUAUCUCCGGGCCGUACGAGAGCUACACUGGAAAUCCAAUUCUUACGGCCGCAGGGACAGAUCGAUUCUUCCAAGCUACUGGUCACGCGGACUUAUUUCAGGAUAGCAAUAGCAACUGGUGGGGUGUGGCACUGGGUAAACGUUCAGGUCCAGACUAUCAGGUAUAUCCAAUGGGGCGAGAGACUCUGCUCUAUGCUGUGAGUUGGAAUGAGGGUUGGCCAACGCUGGACCCGAUUUUCGGAAAAAUGCAAGGUUGGGCGUUCGAUGUCACUAAUACAACCAUCCCUGGAAUUGGUUCGUAUAUUGAUGCACCCGAUCACGUCAAUUUUGGAGGUACAGAAAUCCCCACUCACUGGGUAAACUGGCGCUUUCCAGACUCUGAUGCCUAUUCCGUAUCGCCCACUACCCAUCCGGGUACGUUGGAAAUGGCGCCAUCGUUUUCCAAUUUGACCGGAAAUCUAACCACAGCUGGGCCCAUCAGCCUUGUGGGACGCCGCCAGACUGCAAGUCUUUUCAAUUUCAGUGUAUGCAUUGAAUAUGAGCCAUUGAGGGUGGGCGAGGAAGCCGGCAUGACGGCUUUCGUCACUCAACUGCAGCACAUCGAUCUUGGAAUUCUGCGCGGCGAAGAUGACAAUCAAGUUAUAAAACUUCAAACGACAUGUGACGGAGCAACGGAUACAACACCACCAAGCACUGUGGUUCAAGACUUACCAGAAACAUGGUAUGGCCAAAAAAUGUACUUGAACAUCCAGAUGUCUACACCUGAUACCUACACUUUCAGCGUUUCACGGGCUGCAGACUCAUCGGACUUGCUUGUCAUGGGGGACGUCAAUGCCAUAUAUCUUUCAGGUGGGAGUGGUAGUUAUACAGGCGUUUUACUUGGAGUAUACAAUACAAUUAAUGGUGGAAAUGGUAGUUCCAAAGCAUGGUUCAACGAAUGGAACUACACGCCAAUGGCUCAAGAAGUUGACGUUGGUGUUUUCGAUUAUAUAUGA